AUGUCCUAUCAACCGCAGGCAGAAGCCAAGACAAAAGCCAAGAAAGAGGCCAAGAAAGAGGCCAAGAAAGAGGCCAAGAAAGAGGCCAAGAAAGAGGCCAAGAAAGAGGCCAAGAAAGAGGCCAAGAAAGAGGCCAAGAAAGAGGCCAAGAAAGAGGCCAAGAAAGAGGCCAAGAAAGAGGCCAAGACUUCAAAAACAGCCUGCCAUGCUUGGACUUUAGCUCGGUGCCCAACGACGCUUCCUGCAACAGGAGCACGCAUGGAUGGGAAAUUGACCUUUCAAUCCCAUCAGGUCCCAGCUCAGCCUAUCUGGGACCGCCACUUCGAUGAUGCCGAAGACACAGAUGGGAUCACGGAACUAUCCCUAGAUAUCUAUACAGUCGUUGCAACCAAUGCAGUCUAUACGAUUGAUCUCAAAGGCCACGAAACUACACCUGAGUUAAUUUUGAUCGCGAAACCCCCCGCUGGCGAUUUGAAUGACAUUGCUGCUCUAGAUGACGGAAACGCAGUCGUCAUAACUGACUCCCAACUCGGCCUUCUAUGGCGUCUUGAUAUCCGCACCGGCAAUUACAGUGUGAUCCACCACGACGAGACAAUGGCCGCGAAUCAUGACAUGGGUUUGUUGCUCGGGGUCAACGGGUGGGAGAUUAUAGACGAUUAUUGGUACUACACCAACAGCCCGAAGCGGAUUUUUGUCGGGUUUGAAUUGAUUUACACACCGGUCGUGCUUUGGGGCCUUGUGAAAUUAUCAGCGAUGAUACACGGGGCGAUGACUUGCCUGCAUGGAGUUGCAUUUUUGGCGGAUCUCGUUGAUAGUAUGGUUACUAGGGUCUUUCCAAAUGGGUCUCAUGAAAUCAUUGCGGGUUCAACGAACUCUGCGGAUUUAAUGACCGCUACGUUGGCGGCAUUUGGGAGGACGAAGAAGGAUCGCAAUGUUCUUUACAUCACCACUGGAGGGGAGACCAGACUUCCUGUUAACAACACGAGCACUAGAGGGGGAAAGGUUAUGGCGCUUUCUGUAGAGUUGUAA